AUGGCUCCCGCGAGGAGACUCAACUCUCUGUUGAAGGGACGCCUCUGUACAAACCAUUCCUGUAUUCGUCGAUAUUCCGACUUUGUGCGGGCAGCAACCGACUCCUCCAACAAAUCCCAGAUCUAUAUAUCCCGAAGCCUCGACCCCUAUCUAAAUCUCUCCAUCGAACAUUACCUCCUGCAGAAAACACCGGCGGAUUCUACUGUGUUGUUCCUGUAUACGAACCGCCCGAGCAUAGUAAUUGGGCGAAAUCAAAAUCCGUGGCUCGAAGUCAAUCUGGGGCUGCUCAGGAAUGAUCCUCUCGGCGUCGAGCUCGUCCGUCGGAGAUCGGGGGGAGGAACGGUUUUCCACGACGAGGGAAAUGUCAAUUAUAGUGUGAUAUGCCCAACGCUGGCAUUCAAUCGAGACAAACAUGCCGAAAUGGUGGUUCGGGCUUUGCGCGGGCUCGGAGUGGACAGGGCGCUUGUGAACGAGCGUCAUGAUAUUGUACUCGGGAACGUCCCAGCGCCGGGAGAUGCGAGGCCGUUGAAGAUUUCCGGAUCCGCCUACAAACUGACAAGGCUGAGAUCCCUCCACCACGGGACCUGUUUGCUGUCCUCUCCCAAUAUCAGGAAGAUAGGCGCGUUCCUGAAGUCCCCGGCGAAACCAUUUAUCAAGGCCCGGGGAGUUGACAGUGUCAGCUCGCCGAUUACUAAUGUCAACGUACCCAAUACUGCCUUUGAGCAAGCUGUCGUGUCUGAGUUCAGGGAUCUCUAUACCGGCGGGGAGCUGAUACUGGUGACGGAGGAAGCAAAGGACGUGCCGGAGAUUCGAAAGGGUUUUGAUGAGUUGACUUCUUUGGAUUGGAUAUAUUCGCAAACCCCACAGUUUACAUUCUCUACACACGCGACAGAGGAAGAUCCCCGAGAGAGGCCUCAGCUCCCUGGUGAUCUCACUGACUUUCAGUUUCGUGCUAGCUUCACGGUCCGAAAUGGGAGUAUCUCAAAAGCAAGUUUUGGAUUUGGGGGCACUUCGCCAGUAAAGGACGUCGAUGGGGUAGAUGGUGGCUUGAUUAAUAAAAAGCUUCAAGAAAUUGAAAGCUGGCGAGGCGUUCUCUCAAACUUAGCUCUGCCCGGGAUGCGGUCAACUUUGGGGUCUGCAGGCACAUUCAUGGAUACCCUAUUCGGCAAUGGCGACAGAAUCUCAACAGACGUGGCCAAGGAUUUCUCUCGGCUAGAACGUGGAGCUCAGAGCGACUAG